AUGUUUAUUCAUUUGGUGUAUAUUGUAUGUAUGUUUGUUUGUAUGUAUGAAUGUUUGUUUGUCUGUAUGAAUGUUUGUUUGUUUGUCUGUAUGAAUGUUUGUUUGUUUGUCUGUAUGAAUGUUUGUUUGUUUGUCUGUAUGAAUGUUUGUUUGUUUGUCUGUAUGAAUGUUUGUUUGUUUGUCUUUCAUCGUUGUUUUUUGUAUAUCGGAAUAAUGUUUGUAUGUUUAGGUAUGUGUUGUAUAUUUAUGUAUUAA